CUCGUCCUCUUGGUCCAGCCUUUUCCUCCCUUUGCCAGAGAGCCCGAGCCAGAGAGAGAGAGCCACGCCAUGCCUCCUGCCUUCCUCCUGCUUCUCCUCUCCUUCCUCUCCUCCUUUUCCUCCUUCUCUAAUUCUUCCUCUCCUCCUCCUUCUUCCUUCUCCGCCGAGCAGCGCUGCUUCUGCCAGGUGACGGGGCAUCUAGACGACUGCACCUGCGAUGUCGAGACGAUCGACGCCUACAACAAUGGCAAGGUUUUCCCCCGGCUGCAGAAACUCCUCGAAAGCGAUUAUUUCCGAUAUUACAAGGUUAAUCUACAGAAGCCGUGUCCUUUCUGGAGCGACAACAGCCACUGCGGGAUCAGAGACUGUGCCAUCAAGCCUUGUCCAACGGAUGAGGUCCCUGGUGGGAUUCGAUCUGAGAGUUAUAAGUAUUCCGAAGAGGCCAACACUUUGGCCGAUGACGACUGCGAAAAAGCAGAGAGACUGGGAGCUGUGGACGCAUCAUUGAGUGAAGAAACUGCCCUUGCUGUGAUCCGUUGGACCCGACAUGAUGAUUCUGAAGACAGCUUUUGUGAAGCUGACGACAUUCAGUCUCCUGAAGCAGAAUAUGUGGAUUUGCGGAUCAAUCCGGAGCGCUACACCGGCUACAAAGGGCCUGAAGCCUGGAAGGUUUGGAACAGCAUUUACGAAGAGAACUGUUUCAAGCCACAGUCCAUAAAAAGGCCUUUAAAUCCAUUGAUCUCAAGCAAAGCAACUGGAAAAAAUGAAGGGGAUAUGUUUUACAACUGGCUGGAAGGCCUCUGCGUGGAGAAGAGGGCUUUCUACAAGCUCAUUUCUGGGCUCCAUGCCAGCAUUAACAUCCAUCUCAGCGCCAGGUAUCUCCUGAAAGACACCUGGGCUGAGAAGCAGUGGGGACACAACGUCACCGAGUUCCAGCAGCGCUUUGACGAAGUCCUGACUCAAGGGGAGGGUCCCCGGAGGCUGAAGAACCUCUACUUCAUCUACCUGAUCGAGUUGAGGGCCCUCUCCAAGGUCCUGCCCUUCUUCCAGCGCCCGGACUUCCAGCUCUUCACCGGGGACGCAGCGCAAGACGCAAAGACCAAGCAGCUCCUCCUGGAGAUCCUACACUUGGCCAAAUCUUUCCCUUUGCACUUUGAUGAAAAUUCCUUUUUUGCUGGAAAACAAAGAGAAGCUGCCAAAUUGAAGGAAGAAGUUAGGCUCCAUUUUAGGAAUAUUUCAAGGAUUAUGGACUGCGUUGGGUGCAUUAAGUGCCGCCUUUGGGGGAAGCUCCAGACUCAGGGUUUGGGAACGGCGUUGAAGAUCCUUUUCUCCGAGCGACAGAUCGAAAACCUGGCAGAAAAGGGCCCUUCGCCCAAAUUCCAGCUGACGAGGCAGGAAAUCGUGUCUCUCUUCAAUGCGUUUGGAAGGAUUUCAACCAGCAUUAAAGAACUGGAGAAUUUCAGAAACCUCUUGCGACCUCUACAAUGAAAAAGAUCGGUUCCCUUGUUGUGCACAGACGAGUCUCAGAGGCGUUUUCGGCCGACCUGAGCAUCGGGAUUUCCUCCGUUUUGGCAAGGAAGGCUUCCCAAAUCCUGUGAUGAUCUCCAGCUUAUAAGAUGAUGCUUAGUUUAGUGUCGGCUAAAAUCCUCAGCCAAGUCUGACUUUCCAGGCAAAUGGAUCCGGCAUCCUGUUUCCUUGAAUCCCGAUGUGGUCUUACUUGGCGGAAAUCAACCCAGCUUUCACUGUUCUCAGGGAGUGCCUUCUGCUUAAAAAUAGAUUCAACGAAGCCCAGACUAUCACGUGUUGCAAUGAUAGUGGUCCUCUGUUUUAGGGGGAUUUGGGGGAACGCACCAUUUGAUGCUGACUUUGUGGCCAGUUUGUUGUAUUUAUUAUGGCAGAACAUCAUUCACAAACCCCAAAUUAUGGGAAUGACAGGCAGAUGUCACAAAACCCACACAAAGUACAGGUUGAGCACCCCAUAUCCGGAAUCCCAGAAUCUUGAAAUUGUCCAUUGGAGUGGUUGCUUUUGGAUGGUUCGGAAUCUCCAAAUUUAUGCACCAAAAAUUAUUUAAAAUAUUGCUGAUAAAAUUACAUGCAGGCAUGGGCCAACUUGGGCCCUCCAGGUGUUUUGGACUUCAACUCCCACCAUUCCUGACAGCCGGUAGGCUGUUAGGAAUGGUGGGAGUUGAAGUCCAAAACAUCUGGAGGGCCCAAGUUGGCUCAUGCCUGCUGUAAGGUGUCUAUUGUACAAAUAUGCAAAUAUAGAUAAACCCAAAUCCCAAACUUCUUUGGGUUCCCUUGACCCUCCAGCGUGACACUACGAUCAGCUUCCUUAGAGAGGUAUUCUCUUGGGUUAAAAAUAAAGAUAUUUUUAUUCCA